UUUGAUUCAUUUUUAUCUUCUCUUCCCUUAGUUCAAGAGGUACAAACAGAAGGGAAGUAUGCUAUCGACUCGCCUGGCGCACCUAUGUCAGUUGACAUCCCUCCUGAUGAUUACAACCUGGAUGACAAUGAGGAGAGGUCAAUGAUUGAACCACGGUCGUAUGAGGACCCCAAGCUGAAGGAGCUUAUUGGUAUCCUCAUUGAGUGGAUUAAUGAUGAGCUUGCCAACGACCGCAUCAUUGUCAAGCACAUUGAGGAGGACCUGUACGAUGGGAUGGUCUUCCCCAAGCUCAUUGAGAAGUUGACAAACAACACUCUAGACGUACAGGAAGUGACUCAAAGUGAAGAAGGCCAGAAGCAGAAGUUGCGUAUUGUCCUCAAUGCUGCCAACCAUAUCUUGGGUCUCAGUCGCUAUGGCCCUCACAAGUGGUCAGUCGAGUCCAUCCACUCCAAAAAUAUUGUUGCAAUUCUCCACCUCCUCGUGGCAUUAGCCCGCCACUUCCGUGCUCCCAUCAGGCUGCCCGAAAAUUGUAUCAUCAAUGUUGUUAUUGUGCAGAAACGUGAUGGGCAGCUCAACCACCGGAUUGUGGCAGAAGAGCUGACAGGCACAUACGACGACUUGGGCCUCAGAUGCGAGAGAGAUGCUUUCGACACCUUGUUCGAUCAUGCACCUGACAAGCUUGCUGUUGUCAAGAGGUCUCUAGUAACCUUUGUCAACAAGCAGCUGAAUAAAAUCAACCUGGAAGUGAGUGACAUUGAGACAGAGUUCAAUGACGGUGUGUACCUGUGCCUCCUCAUGGGCCUCCUUGAGGGAUACUUUGUCCCAUUGCACCACUUCUUCCUGACACCCAAGACGUUUGACGAAAAGUUGCACAAUGUCUCACAGUCAUUUGAAUUGAUGAUGGAUGCAGGUCUGGCUAAGCCCAAAGCAAGACCUGAGGACAUUGUGAAUGCUGAUCUCAAGUCCACUCUCCGUGUUCUGUACAACCUGUUCACACGCUACAAGAACACAAACUAAGACUGACAUUCGCAAGCCCCACCAAAAUCACCAGCUGGAACCCGAGAUGCGACCGUCCUUCUCUUUUCCUCGGGAAAGAAUUAUUUGGGUUUUGGUCAGUGUUCUUUUGUUGAGGAUGGAAUGUACACUGCAGUUAUGUUGUGAAUGAAAGGAAUGAGUAAGUUGAAAACUGAGAUAAAAAAAACAAAAUAACAAAAUACAAGUGCCUCGUGGGACUCCUCGGUAUAGCAAUAAUAAAAGGAGAAUUUUUUUUCUUCUUCUUCCCAUUAAAA